UUCCAUAGGAUCAUGGGAGACCACCUUGAAGUUUUCUUAGGAGUGGUACUUAUGGCCAGUACUGUGUUUGGGAUUUCUUCUUGCUCCUUUGAUCGUGGGAUAGCGUUGUAUCGUUUCUGCAACCUCACCCAAGUUCCCCAGGUUCCCCAAACCACUAAGAACCUCCUGCUGAGCUUCAACUUUAUCAGUAAUGUUACUUCGAUGUCAUUCCCCUUCUUGGAGCAGCUGCAGCUGUUAGAACUUGGGACUCAGUUUACAUCCUUGACUAUCGACAAAGAGGCCUUCAGAAACUUGCCCAAUCUUCGCAUCUUAGAUCUGGGCAAAAGUGAGAUCAAUUUCUUGCAUCCAAAUGCUUUUCAGGGACUGCCCCAUCUUUUUGAACUUAGGUUGUUUGGCUGUGGUCUCUCAGAAGUUAUCUUAAGAGAUGGUUAUUUCAGAAAUCUGGAAUCCUUAAUGCACCUGGACCUAUCCAAAAAUCAGAUUCAUACUCUUCACCUUCAUCCUUCAUUCCAGGAGUUGAAUUCCUUGAAGUCCAUAGACCUUUCCUUCAACCAGGUAACCACUGUAUGUGAGAGUGAGCUCAAGCCCCUCCAAGGUAAGACACUCUCCUUCUUUAGCCUUGCAACUAAUAGCCUGUACAUCCCCGUCUCAGUGGACUGGAGCAAGUGUGGGAACCCAUUCAAAAACAUGUCUGUGGAAACCCUAGAUGUUUCUGACAAUGGCUGGUCAGUGGACAGGAUAAGAAACUUUAGCAAUGCUAUCAGUGGAAGUGAGACUUUCUCUUUGGUUCUUGCCCAUCACGUUAUGGGGUCUGGAUUUGGCUUCCAUAAUAUCAAAGACCCUGACCAGAACACAUUUGCUGGCCUGGCCAGGAGCUCAGUGAUAAAGUUGGACCUUUCACAUGGGUAUAUUUUCUCCUUGAACGUCCGGCUCUUUGAGACCCUCAAGGAGUUGAAACUUCUGACCCUUGCCCACAACAAGAUUAACACGAUUGUAGAAGGAGCCUUUUAUGGACUUGACAGACUCCAAGUUCUCAAUUUGUCUUAUAACCUACUGGGGGAACUUUAUAAUUUCAAUUUCAAUGGACUACCCCAAGUAGCUUAUGUUGAUCUGCAAAAGAACCACAUUGGCAUAAUUCAGGGCCAAACAUUCAGAUUCCUGAAAAAUUUAAAGACCUUGGAUCUCCGUGAUAAUGCUCUUACGACAAUUAAUUUUAUUCCAAGCAUACCUACUAUCUUCUUGGGUGGCAAUAAACUAGUCACUUUGCCAAACAUCAACCUCGUGACCAACUUCAUCCAGUUAUCAGAGAACAGACUGGAAAACAUGGCUAAUCUCUACUUCCUUCUCCAAGUGCCUCAUCUUCAGAUUCUCAUUUUAAACCAAAAUCGUUUUGCUUCUUGUACCCAAAGUUUUGUCCCUACAGAAAACCUCAGCUUAGAACAACUUUUCCUUGGAGAAAACAUGUUACAACUUGCCUGGGAAAACGAGGUCUGUUGGAAUGUUUUUAAGAGGUUAUCUUACCUCCGAGUACUGUAUCUGGAUAGUAACUACCUAAAUUUCCUCCCACCAGGAGUAUUCAGUGAUCUGACUGCACUAAGGGAACUCUACCUCGGCUCCAACAGGCUGAAGGUUCUUUCUCCAGGUGAUUUACCUGCUAAUUUAGAGAUCCUGGAUGUAUCCCGGAAUCAGCUCCUGUCUCCUGAUCCCAAUUUAUUUGCAUCACUAAGUGUUGUGGACCUAAGGCAUAACCAGUUCAUAUGUAUGUGUGAACUUAACAUUUUUAUUAAUUGGCUCAAUCAAACGAAUGUUACUGUGUUUGGGUCUCCUGCAGACAUAUACUGUGUGUUCCCUGAGCCUCUCUCCGGGAUCCCCAUAUCCACCAUUUCCAUGGAGGGCUGCGAUGAAGAUGAAGCCUUACAGCCCCUAAAGUUUUCCCUCUUCCUCGUUUUCACUGUGUUGUUGAUUCUCUUCCUCGUGACUGUCAUCAUUGUCACUAAGUUCCGGGGGUUUUGUUUCUUCUGUUAUAAGAGAAUCCAGAGACUGGUGUUCAAGGACCACCCCCAGAGCAUGGACCCUGAUACAUACACAUAUGAUGCCUAUUUGUGCUUCAGUAGCAAAGACUUUGAAUGGGUGCAGAACGCUUUUCUCAAGUGUCUGGACACUCAGUACAGUGACCAGAACAGAUUCAGGCUAUGCUUUGAAGAAAGAGACUUUGUCCCAGGGAAUAACCACAUCGUCAACAUCCAGGACGCCAUCUGGAGCAGCCGAAAGAUUGUUUGCCUUGUGAGCAGACACUUCCUCCGAGAUGGCUGGUGCCUUGAAGCCUUCAGUUACGCCCAAAGUCGGUGUAUAUCUGACCUCAACAGUGGCCUCAUCAUGGUGGUGGUUGGCUCCCUGUCCCAGUACCAGCUGAUGAAGCACCAGUCUAUCAGAGGGUUUGUACAGAAGCAGCAGUACUUGCGGUGGCCUGAGGAUGUUCAGGAUGUUGAGUGGUUUCUCCAUAAACUCUCUCAACAAAUACUCCAGAAACAAAAGGAAGAGAGGAGAAACAGUAGCAUUCCGUUGCAAAUGGUAGCAACCAUCUCCUAG